CUGCCCGGGGCCGCAGGCGGCUCGGGCCGGCCGGGAAUGGUCCCUCCCGGCAUCGUGGCGGGGAUGCUCGGGGGUGGUGGUGGGGGUGGUCCCUGGGGAGGGCUGGGGGCUCGUCUGCUGGGCUCUUUUCAACAAACGCGGAAUCCAGCUUUUGGGGGUUCGGGGACUUCUCCGGGUACCCCCCUCCUCGCUAGCACGGGGGUCCUGGGUUUUGCCGACGUGCCACACGCGUGAAGUGGCACGGCGUCGGCAGCUGCGUGUGGAGCGCGGCACACGGACGGAGCAGGAGCGCUGUGGGGCCUGCUGAAGUGGACGCUUAUUGCACGGCAGCCAGCGGCGUGUGGCUGGGCUCCCCGAGCCCCAUUUCUGUUCCUGUUGCACGUUGGGCUGGGUGGGUCGGUUGAACAGGGGCUCGCUCUCAUGCUCCCAUCGUACAGUAUUUAUACUCCUGGGCUCCAGCAGGGCUGGGAUCCAGCACUGGUACGUGCACAUCCAUUUGUUUUUUUCUAUAGAAGUGUGCAGAAAAAGCAGGGCUGUUAGCCCUCUCCAGCCGGAGACCGUGCCAGCCCACGGUUUGUAAAAGUGCCUCUCACACACACACAAUUCCAGCUGUGGCUGACAGGCACAACUGUGGCGGCAUUCAUCUGUGAUGAUAACUAAAAACCAAAUUGUUUCUCUAGGCUCACAAAUACCUUUGCACAUCACAAUUCCUCAGAGGUUACCCUCAAAAACAGCUGGAGAGACGGGCACGCUGUCCUACGUCCUCACGAUAGAGGGGAGGCCGUACACCAUUCACCUCCAGCAGCAGUUCUUUUUACCUGAUGAUUUCAGAAUUUACACAUACAAUGAGAAGGGAUCUUUGUACUAUGAUUCGCCCCAGAUCAAGGGUGACUGCUACUACCGCGGGUACAUCGAGGGCAUCCCUGGCUCAGCGGUGACUCUCAGCACCUGCUCUGGGCUCAGGGGCUUGCUGCAGUUUGAGAAUGCCAGCUACGGGAUCGAGCCUCUGGUUAAUUCACCUGCCUUCGAGCACUUCAUUUAUCAAAUGAGCAACGAGAGCAUGGCAGAUUUCCUCUUGGCAAAGAGCCGCGCCGAGAGCGGGGCCAGGCCGGCAGUGCAGGAGGUCUCCUACAAAGCGCACACAGCUCUUGAAUUACUGUCAAAGCACCACAGAGAGUUGGCGCUCCAUUUAAUUUUGGAAAGGAAUUUGUACAACUACCUGGGUGCAGACAAAUACGUUGUGACGCAGAAGAUAGUUCAGAUCAUCAGCUCUCUCAGCAGUAUGUUCAGUUCUCUUAACAUGACCAUUACCCUGUCCUCCAUGGAGGUCUGGAUGGACAAGAAUAAAUUUCAGACAGGGUUGAAUGGAGAAGAAGUGUUGAUGCAGUUGCUGAAGUGGAAGAUGACCAGCGCUGCUCUGCGGCCCUACGAAGUGCCCUAUCUACUGCUGUACCGGGACCGAGCUUCCUACGUGGGUGCGACCAUUCCAGACAAGGCGUGUCAGAGGGAUGCUUCGGGUGCAGUGGCCGUGUACCAGCGCAGCGUGACCCUGGAGUCGUUCUCCGUCCUCCUGGCCCAGAUGCUGGCCCGCAGCUUGGGCAUGAGCUACGACAACAACAGGGGCUGCCGCUGCCCCGGGCACAUCUGCGUCAUGGACUCGGAGGCGCUACGUGUCAGUGGGGCAAAAUCCUUCAGCAGCUGCAGCGUUGAAGACUUUGAGAACUUCCUCAAGCAGAAUCCAGAGUGCCCUUUCAUCAGGGUUGUCCAGAGGGGCCCGCUCUCCAGGGCGGCUGUCUGCGGCAACGGUGUGAUAGAGCACGGCGAGCAGUGCGACUGCGGCUCCGUGGCGGCAUGUGCGGUGGACAAAUGCUGCACUUCCCAGUGCAAGCUCAAACUGGGCGUGAAGUGUUCCUCAGGACGGUGCUGUGAAAAUUGCCAGUUUAAAGCGAAAAACUCGCUGUGUCGCCCUCCCGCCGACGUGCAGUGCGACCUGGCUGAGUACUGCAACGGGUCCUCCGCGUCCUGCCCCCCCGAUUUCUACGUGCAGGAUGGGCACGACUGCGAGCACGGCACCGGGUACUGCUACAAGGGACGCUGCCAGUCUGCUGACCUGCAGUGCCGGAGGCUCUACGGGACAGGUGCCAAAAAUGCUCCUUUGGCUUGUUAUGAAGAAGUCAACAGCCAGCAGGAUAGGUUUGGCCACUGUGGUAAUCACCCAAAGGAUGGGUACCAGCCCUGCUCUUGGCUGAAUCUGGGAUGUGGAAAGCUAGUAUGUACAUACCCGAAUCAUAUUCCCUUCACAAAAGUUAAGGGUGCCAUCAUUUAUGCUCAAGUGCAAGAACAUCUGUGUGUGUCUUUUGAUUUUAUGCGCGGACCGACAGUGCAAGAUCCUCUCCUGGUUAAAGAUGGUACAAAAUGUGGUCCUAGAAAGGUUUGUGUGAAUGGCACAUGCCACCCACAUUCAGUCCUGAAGUAUGACUGCAAUGUGAAGACUAAAUGCCAUGGGCAUGGAGUGUGCAAUAACAAAAAGAACUGCCACUGCAGCCCGGGCUGGAACCCGCCCCAGUGCAAGACUUGGGGAUCUUCGAUAGGCGGCAGCAUCGACAGCGGGCAGCAGCUGCGGGGCCAUGACGAUACUGUCACAAAAAGCUUUCCUAAGGGCACGCUGAAAAAUUGGCUGCUGCUGGUCCUCUGCAUUCUCAUCCCCAUCCUUAUUUGCUGCAUCAUCCUGAUUAAGAAGUGGACCCAGCUGAUGAGACGCUGUGCGAGGAACAGAUCGCAAAGUGAUGCGUCGGAGGCCGGCAGCCUGCCCGGCUGGGAGAGCUCCACCACCGAGGAGAGCGGCAGCGAAGCGGGGACGGAGUCGGAGCCGGGGCCGGAGCCUCCCUCGGAGCGGGGGCCGUGCCGGGGCGGGCGCCGCGGGCAAUAAAAUAAAGGCGCUGGGGGCAGCCGCGCGUCCGCGCCUCUCUCGGGGCCGUUGGCGGCGGCCGUUGGCGGCGGCGAUGCGGGCGGCGCUGG